CUGAGCGCCGGCUCCGGGCCCCGCCGCGGCGCCGAGGCAGCGGCAUGACGGCCGCCGCGGGCUCGGCGGUGCCCCUGCUGCUGUGCGCGCUGCUGGCGCCCAGCCGCGCCUACGUGCUGGACGACUCCGACGGGCUGGGCCGGGAGUUCGACGGCAUCGGUGCAGUGAGCGGCGGCGGGGCAACCUCUCGGCUUCUAGUGAAUUAUCCAGAGCCUUAUCGUUCUCAAAUAUUGGAUUAUCUUUUUAAGCCAAACUUCGGUGCCUCUUUGCAUAUUCUAAAAGUCGAAAUAGGUGGUGAUGGACAGACAACAGAUGGCACUGAACCCUCGCACAUGCACUAUGCAUUAGAUGAGAAUUAUUUCCGAGGCUAUGAGUGGUGGCUAAUGAAAGAAGCUAAGAAGCGGAACCCUAAUAUCACACUCAUGGGGUUGCCGUGGUCGUUCCCCGGAUGGCUGGGAAAAGGUUUCAACUGGCCUUAUGUAAAUCUUCACCUGACUGCCUACUAUGUCACGUCCUGGAUCGUGGGUGCCAAGACCUAUCAUGAUUUGGAUAUUGAUUACAUUGGGAUUUGGAAUGAGAGGACUUUUGAUGUCAGUUAUAUCAAGGUAUUGAGGAGAAUGCUGAACUAUCAAGGUCUGCGGCAGGUGAAAAUCAUAGCGAGUGAUAACCUCUGGGAGCCUAUCUCUGCUUCGAUGCUGCUUGACCCUAAGCUCUUUGAAGUGGUUGAUGUUAUAGGAGCUCAUUACCCUGGGACCCGUUCAGUAAUGGAUGCAAGGCUGACUAAGAAGAAGCUUUGGUCCUCUGAAGAUUUUAGCUCUGUAAAUGAUGACGUGGGUGCAGGCUGCUGGGCUCGCAUAUUGAAUCAGAAUUAUGUCAAUGGCUACAUGACAGCCACAAUCGCUUGGAAUUUGGUAGCUAGUUACUAUGACCAUUUGCCCUAUGGGCAGUGUGGAUUGAUGACUGCCCAGGAGCCAUGGAGUGGGCAUUACGUAGUACAAGCUCCGAUCUGGGUGUCAGCUCAUACCACUCAGUUUACUCAACCAGGCUGGCAUUACCUGAAGACAGUUGGUCACUUAGAAAAAGGAGGAAGCUAUGUAGCUCUGACUGAUGGCUUAGGUAACCUUACCAUCAUCAUUGAAACUAUGAGCCAUAAACAUUCUAGGUGCAUCCGGCCUUUACUUCCCUACUUCAAUGUGUCCCGACAAUUUGCUACUUUCAUUCUUAAGGGUUCUUUUAGUGAAAUACCAGAGUUGCACGUGUGGUAUACCAGAAUUGGAAGACCAUCUCAGAGAUAUCUGUUUAAUCAACUGGAUUCUAUAUGGCUCCUGGACAGCAGCACCGCUACUUUCACCCUGGAACUGAAAGAGGACGAACUGUUCACUCUGACCACCCUGACCACCGGGAGCAAAGGCAGCCACCCUCCUCCUCCCGGGUCCAAGCCCUUCCCACCUAUUUACACAGAUGACUUCGAUGUGGAUCACCCGGAAUUUAGUGAAGCACCCAAUUUUGCUGACCAGACGGGCGUAUUCGAAUACUUCACCAACGAUGAAGACCCUGGAGAGCAUCGCUUCACCCUGCGCCAAGUUCUUAAUCAGCGGCCAAUCACCUGGGCUGCCGAUGCGUACAACACGCUAAGCAUCAUCGGCGAUUACAAGUGGUCCAACCUGACCAUAAGGUGUGAUGUGUACAUAGAGACGCCUUUGACGGGAGGUGUGUUCAUUGCGGCAAGAGUCAAUAAAGGCGGGAUUUUGGUUAGAAGUGCCAGAGGAGUUUUCUUCUGGAUCUUUGCAAAUGGCACCUUCAAAGUUACGGGUGAUCUCGCUGGAUGGAUCAUAUAUACUUCUGGGCACGUUAAUGUUACAGAAAAACAGUGGUAUACACUCACUCUAACUAUUAAGGGUCGUUACUGCUCUGGCAAGUUGAACGACAAGCCUGUCUGGAGAGACAUCCGCGUCAACUUCCCCAGGAACGGCUGGGCCGGGAUUGGAACUUACUCCUUUGAAUUCGCCCAGUUUGACAACUUCCAUGUGGAAGUCCCAAGCUAACAGUUUACGGAGCACCAGAGAACACGCCUUUGUAUUUUCUUUCUUCUGGUUUUGGUCCAGAGCCGAUUCCUGUCUUGAUGGAUCCUUGCCAGACUCCUGGAGGCUACAAAUACUGAAGAAGAAAUGGAGAGAAUAAUAUAUUUUUGCUUGAUCCUCUGGAAGAUUUUUUUUUAUAGCUAAAAUCAAAGGAAAUAGAUAAAUCUUUCAUGUUACCCGAUGUGUUUCCUAGAAUUUAAAUUGUCUUAUCAAUCUGAUUUCUAGGAGAAGUUGGGUGGUCUGACCUCAUAUCUGGGUAUUGAUGUUGGAAAUAGCUCAUUCCAUCUGAAGUGAUCGUGCAGACACAAUCAGAGGGUCAUCACAGAGAUAUUAGAUUGACCAUGUGUGUAUGUACGCUGAUGUCAUAGGACAAUAAUGCUGCCAUAGCAGGAGAAUGAAGAACAAUGAAAAUGCUGCUUUUUGGAAAUCACUUUAACAGAUCAUAUUCAUACACUAAAAUAUAAUUAUUUUUCCAUUUUAAGUUAAUGCUUUUAAAUGAUAGAUUUGAUGAGAAAGGAUGAUUUGAAAAUACUUGAUAGUUAUUUAUGCAACAAUAAAUAUCAGAUUAAUUGGCUUAUCUACAUUUAUUUAAAGUUUCUUCGGAUCCAACUCUAGUUUAAUAACCACUAUUUAUACCUCUGUGUGAACAUUUCCUCAGGAGGCUGAAAAAAAGUUACCAUAUCUUAUAGACAAUGCUCUAAAAAAGACCUAAAGACAAAAUUGUGCCAUUUUUCUUAUUCCUUGUUUCAUUGUGCCUUUCGUGAUCUGGCUUCUCAUGGUGCACUGUAAUGGGAUAAAAUAGCCAAUAAAUUUUUUUUUUAUCUCCCUUGGGUAUGGAAAGAUGGAGGGCACUUAGACUUUUGCUAACUCAUACACUUGGAUCAUCUUCUACCAUUUUUGCAUGGAUAGAUGGCCUUUAUUUUGUUAAAGUACAAAUAUGCUAUUUUUAAAGUAUGAAUUGUGCUUAUUUUUAAGUAUAGGUGAGUAGAUUUCUCAUGCAAUAUAACUUACAAAAUAAGCCUUAGUUUGCUUCGUAGAAGCAACUCAAUUAUUCCCAUGGCUAUGAAAAAUUUUGAGUUCUUUAUAAUGAAAGUGUUCAGCUUCAUUAAAUGAAUUCUCUAAUUUGGAAUUUUGUCAUGAUUUAAUGUGGGCUAAUCUGACAUGAAAUUUGGUACUGUGAAUAUAAGAGGCAAGAUAUUAGAAUACAUUAGAUGACAAUGAAAAAAUAUUUUUGCCGUGCUAGGGAUUGAGCUUUAGGCUUCACAAAUGCAAAACAAGUGCCCUGCUGUUCAGCUACAGGCCCUGCCCAGUGGAUACUUUCAAUUUUUGUAGUGCUGGGGAGUGAAUGCAGGACCACAUAUAUUCAAGACACGCAUUCUGUCCCUGGGCCUGAGAAAGAAAAAAAUUUAAAUUAAACUUAAGUCCAAGUGAUUUCUAGUUCAGGUACCCACAUUGAGAAAUGUAUUGGGCACUUAAUUUACAUGCAAUAAAAUUUAAAUUUAAAGUGAACUUCAAGUUUAAACUUUAGUGAAUUUUGGGAAAUGGAUGCAUUCACGUAAGCAACACUCUAAGAUACUGAACAUUUCCAUUGCCUCAGAAGUUUUCCUUUAUACCUUUGACUUCAUUUUCACUCAUUCCCUGUCUCUUGAUCUUGAGCAACUGUUGAUCUGAUUUUUAUCACUAUUGAUAAGAGAGAAAUCUUGUCAGUAUCAAUGUCUUAUUUGUUCUCAAGCACAAAAAUGGCACCAUAUACUAUGUACUAUGUACUCAUCAUUUGUGAAUAGUGUCUUUCAUAUAGCAAAAAUGAUUUCUUUCUUUUUGGGUCACACCCGAUGAUGCUCAGGGGUUACUGUACUCAGGAAUUAUCCCUGGCAGUGCUCAGGGGACCAUAUGGGAUGCUGGGAAUUUAACCCGGGUCGGCCGCGUACAAGGCAAAUGCCCUACCCACUGUGCUAUUGCCCCAGCCCCAGCAAAAAUGAUUUUAAGAUUUGUCUAUACAAAUUGUUUGCUUCUGAUACUAUCGCUCCAGCCCCUGAUUUCAAAGAGUAUAAAUAUACCACAGUCUAUACCCCUAUUUUGGGUAUUAACAAAUAAAGCUGCUGUAACAUUUGUACAAAAGUCAAUAUGUGGAUAUAACACCUUCAUUUCUUGUUGGUAAAUUAACAAAGGAGUGAAAUUGCUGGAUCUUUUAGGAAGUGUAAAGUUUAGCUUUCUAAUAAACUACCAUAUUUAUAGACAUGCUGUGUUUCCACAAUGACUGUGUGACUUGGGCCUUCCCCCACCAGCAGUGUGUGAGGGAUUCAGUUGCUUCAUGCUUUCAUCAGUGCCUCAUGUAUUUCUCUCUCAUUUUGUUCUUUUAUUUAAGUAUGUACAUCAGGUACUGGACAUUUUUUCACCCUCAUUUUCUUUUGUGA